UGUAUGUGCCUAAUGUUAAUUUAUAUGCAAUUUUUGCAGAUAAAUGGGAAGAAAGGUGGACCCCCUCAAAACAUCCUGGUAAAGAAUGGGGCACAUUUGUUCUUACUGCGGGGAAAUUUUAUGGUGAUCAUGAAAUAAGUAAAGGUAUUCAGACUUCUCAAGAUGCAAGGUUUUAUGGUUUGUCGACGAAAUUUGAGCCAUUUAGUAAUCAAGACAAAACUUUAGUCAUACAAUUUACUGUUAAGCACGAGCAAAAUAUCGACUGUGGAGGUGGUUACAUAAAAGUAUUUGACUGUAGCCUUGAUCCAAAAGAUCUUCAUGGAGAAACGCCUUAUCUUAUUAUGUUUGGUCCUGAUAUCUGUGGUCCAGGAACUAAGAAAGUACAUGUUAUUUUCAAUUACAAAGGAAAGAAUUUACUAAUAAACAAAGAAAUUCGUUGUAAGGAUGAUGUAUAUACGCACUUAUAUACUUUAAUAGUCAAGCCUGAUAACACUUAUGUUGUUAAAAUUGAUAAUGAGAAGGUUGAAUCUGGGGAAUUGGAAAAAGAUUGGGAUUUCCUCCCACCACGAAAAAUUAAGGAUCCAGAAGCUAAGAAGCCAGAUGAUUGGGUUGAUAAUCCAAAAAUUGAAGAUCCUGAUGAUAAGAAACCGGAAGAUUGGGAUCAGCCUGAAUACAUUCCUGACCCAGAUGCAGUUAAGCCAGAAGAUUGGCUUGAUGAAAUGGAUGGUGAAUGGGAACCACCACAGAUUAAUAAUCCUGCAUAUAAAGGAGAGUUUAAACCAAGAUUAUUAGAUAAUCCAGAUUACAAAGGACCUUGGAUUCAUCCUGAAAUCGAUAAUCCCGAUUAUGUUCCAGAUCCAAAUCUGUACAAGUACGAUGAAAUUUGUGGAAUUGGAUUCGAUUUGUGGCAGGUAAAAUCUGGAACAAUUUUUGAUAAUGUUCUUAUAUCUGAUGACGAAGCUGAAGCUGAGAAACACGGCAGAGAUACAUUGGGAGCCAUUAAGGAAGGGGAGAAAAAAAUGAAAGAAAAGCAAGAUGAAGAAGAAAGGAAAUCUGCUGAAGCAAAAGCAGAUGAGGAUGAAGAUGAAGAAGACAAUGAGCUAGAAGAAACUGAUGCUGCAGACAGUACAGAUGAAUCAACAGAGGGUGAUACACAUGAUGAACUUUAGCUGUUAAAGAGUUAUUUAUAUUAUGUUGUGUACAACUUGGACUGAUAGCUCACACUUUCGUUUUUCAUAGUUGCAUUUUACAUGAAGUUUUUGUUCUGUAUCAUCAUUUUUGACUAGGUCAUAUAGGAACAAUUGAAUCCAUUUGCACUAUUUUCAAAAACUGUAAACUAUGUAUUAUAUAUUUCAGUGGGUAUAUAUUAUCAUGAUAUAAUAGAUUUAUACAUUUUGUUACUUGUAAAAUUGGUAUGAUCUUUCAAUAUAAUAAAAAUUUGUUUCAAUUGUCUUGUA